AAAAAAAAAAAAAGUUUAUAAAGUUGGGAAAUUCUUUGAGUUCAUUAGCAACUAGUAUAUUUCAGAAUGGAGGGGCUUGAUUUCUUCCUUGUAACGACAAGUACCUUAGGCUUCAUCUCUAUAUGCAGAGUUCUUUUUCAUUUUCUCAGGUGGGUAUGGAUAAUGUUCUUGAGGCCACCAAAACAACUCAAAGACUAUGGUUCAUGGGCUAUAAUUACUGGCUCCACUGAUGGAAUUGGCAAAGCCCUGGCCUUUGAAUUAGCAUCUAAAGGACUUAACCUUAUUUUGGUUGGUCGAAACCCUCUAAAACUUGAAGCAACAUCAAAGGAGAUAAGAGAUAGACAUGAUGGGAAAGUUGAGGUCAAGUUUGUAGUCAUAGACAUGCAAAAAGAUAAUGAAGAAGAAAUAACAAAAAGGAUAGAGGAAGCAAUAGAUGGUUUAGAUGUAGGUAUGCUGGUUAAUAGUGCAGGCUUGGCAUACCCUUAUGCCAGAUUCUUUCAUGAAGUUGAUUCUGAAUUGAUGGAUGCUAUUAUAAAAGUGAACGUGGAGGGAUUAACUUGGAUCACAAAAUCAGUGCUUCCCAGUAUGAUCAAGAAGAAAAAGGGAGCAAUCAUAAACAUUGGUUCUGGUUCCACUGUUGUUCUUCCUUCAUAUCCUCUAGUCACCCUUUAUGCUGCUACAAAAGCAUAUCUUGCAAUGUUCUCGAGAUGCAUCAGUGUGGAAUACGAGCAUCAAGGAAUUGACAUCCAGUGUCAGGUUCCAUUAUUUGUGUCAACAAAGAUGACCAAGAUGAGGGCCUCUCUUUUUGUUCCAACGCCAGAAACGUAUAGCAAAACAUGCACAAGAUGGAUUGGCUACGAAAAACUGGUUAUGCCAUACUUCUUCCAUUCUCUUCAGUGGUUUCUCAUAAGGGCAAUUCCUGAUGCAUUCGUGGAUUCAUAUAUGCUUCGUUAUUUUCUUUACUGGCGCAGAAAAGGGCUCUUCAAGGACUCCAAAACUAAAGCAUUAGCAGCAUCUAAUUCUGAAGCAAAUUUACAUCAUUCAUGAUGGUACAAAUUGAGUCCUAGUUUAAACAACAUAUCUAUAAAAUUGAGAGUGAUGAUGGAGGUCCCAAUGAAUAUUAAUAUCUUUUGUUUUUUUUUUCUAGAUUUACUCGUUAUUUGUAAUAUUUUCUUGUUUUCUUUAUUAAGUUACUACUUGGUUGGUUUCCCAUCUUUUGUGGUCAUCUUUUGUCUUCUAAC